AUGAGGACCCGCUGGUCCCUCAUCCAGAGGGAUCAUGAAGACCCGCUGGUCCCUCAUCCACGGAGACUACGUGUCCAUCGGGGAGACGGUGCCGGCAGCCCGAGGCUGAUGCUCAGACCCAGGACUCUGUGGCUUCCUCCAGCCGCCUGUGUCCGCUCCCCGGGCUCCCCCUCGGCCCCGGGCGUCCCGCUGCGCCCCCGCACCCACCGACCCACCUCCAGACCGAUUGGCAACCGCGGCCUGACAUCGGAGGGCCCCCGCCGCUCCCGGCUUCACGGCCGGCUCGCGAAACGUAAAGGCCAAGAGAGGCCCACAGGUUACCCCUGUGAUCAGUGUGAGAAAGUCCUCGCCACUUCUUCAUCCUUGAAGAGACAUAAGAAGAUUCACACUGGAGAUAAGCCGUACAGAUGUGAGCAGUGUGGGGCGGCUUUUACCCAAUCAAGUGAUUUAACUACGCACCAACGCAUUCACACUGGAGAGAAGCCGUACAGAUGUGAGCAGUGUGGGGCGGCUUUUACCACAUCAAGUGAUUUAACUAGGCACCAACGCAUUCACACUGGAGAGAAGCCGUACAGAUGUGAGCAGUGUGGGGCGGCUUUUAACACAUCAAGUGAUUUAACUACGCACCAACGCAUUCACACUGGAGAGAAGCCGUACAGAUGUGAGCAGUGUGGGGCAGCUUUUACCACAUCAGGUGCCUUAACUACGCACCAACGCAUUCACACUGGAGAGAAGCCGUACAGAUGUGAGCAGUGUGGGGCGGCUUUUAACACAUCAGGUGCUUUAACUACGCACCAACGCAUUCACACUGGAGAGAAGCCAUACAGAUGUGAGCAGUGUGGGGCAGCUUUUACUGAAUCAGGUGCUUUAACUACGCACCAACGCAUUCACACUGGAGAGAAGCCGUACAGAUGUGAACAGUGUGGGGCAGCUUUUACCACAUCGGGUGCUUUAACUACGCACCAACGCAUUCACACUGGAGAGAAGCCGUACAGAUGUGAGCAGUGUGGGGCAGCUUUUACCACAUCAGGUGCUUUAACGAAGCACCAACGCAUUCACACUGGAGAGAAGCCGUACAGAUGUGAGCAGUGUGGGGCGGCUUUUAACACAUCAGGUGCUUUAACUACGCACCAACGCAUUCACACUGGAGAGAAGCCAUACAGAUGUGAGCAGUGUGGGGCAGCUUUUACUGAAUCAGGUGCUUUAACUACGCACCAACGCAUUCACACUGGAGAGAAGCCGUACAGAUGUGAACAGUGUGGGGCAGCUUUUACCACAUCGGGUGCUUUAACUACGCACCAACGCAUUCACACUGGAGAGAAGCCGUACAGAUGUGAGCAGUGUGGGGCAGCUUUUACCACAUCAGGUGCUUUAACGAAGCACCAACGCAUUCACACUGGAGAGAAGCCGUACAGAUGUGAGAAGUGUGGGGCGGCUUUUACCACAUCAACUGGUCAACUGUAA